AUGGCUUCAAUAGACCAAAUUAAUAAUAGAAGUGAAACUUCUAAUGAUCGUCAAAGAAGAUUAAAUCAGAUUAGACAAAGAAAUUACAAAAGAAGACGUAUUAAUAAUAAUAUUGAUAUUCGUCAUGACUUAGAAAGUAUGAAUCAGUUAUGUUUACAUUGUGGUGCCAAGUUUUGGAUGGAUGAAAAAAAUCAAAGAAGCACACAGAUUUCUCCUACUUUUUCUGUAUGUUGUGUUAAUAGAAAAGUUAGAUUAUUGCCUUUGCUUAAACCACCUCCAUAUUUAAUGAAUCUCUAUACUUCAUUAGAAUCUGAAGCUAAUUCUUUUCGUAAAAAUGUUAGAAGUUAUAACAGUUUAUUAGCUUGCAUAUCAUUUGGUACUAAUGUAAAUGAUGAAUUUCAGAGUAAAGGGGUAUCUAAUUUCAGCAUUCAUGGUCAAGUUUAUAAUCUUAUUAGACCAUUAUUACCAGAAAAAGAACAAGUACCUAAAUUUGCUCAACUAUAUAUAUAUGAUACUGAACAUGAAAUUAGAAAUCAUCUUAAUCUUAUGCAAAAUUUAAAUGCAACAAUUCUAAAAAACUUACAAAAUAUGCUUGACAUAAUCAAUCCCUAUAUUCAUAUUUUUCGACAAGCACUAGAUAUUUUUCAGACAUCUGAAACUUCUAAUAUAUCAAUGCUAAUUCAUAAUAAUUGUAUAUAA